GAUCACCAGGGCACACUUUCUGAUUGUUAGCUUUCCAAAAGCACAAUUUGUCAAUGUUGGUUCGUCCCUAUCAGACGACAGCGGAAGUACACAUAAGUUAUCAUCUCGCGUUUAACGGAAACUACGUUGCUCUCCCACACGUAAAUUACCCUCCCGCGUAAUUUCGAAACAGAGAAAGUAGUAGACAUGACACGAGAAGUGAAGUCGCUAAACCACGAUCAGACAUACCUUCUAAAUACAACGUUUGAAACCAGUUCUGCCUUUUCUGGCGUCGAGAAAAUGUUGUUUGGCCAUGCAGAGGAGGAAGAGAACCCAGAGGACAAACCUGUGGUCUUCAUCUGCGGUAAGUGCAAGCUGCCUGUCGGGGAUUCAAUGUCCUGGGAUGGGAGUGACGACGAACCAAACCAGAUCAAAUUGAAACGGGUCUCUGACAACGUCGUGAUAGGAAAAGACACUCGCCUGCAUGAAGUGAACAAACGAUCCCUCUGUCUCAUCCUAGAUCUAUUCUGUCGAGGCUGCCAAUCUGUGCUCGGCUUGAUUUACCAAUCAACGCCUAAGAAGCUGGACCACAAGAGAUUUACUUUUUUUUUUAAUGUCGCAGACAUUGACAGCUACGUGCUCGGCUCUGCUAGCCAGAUGUUGGCAGCAGAUGGCCCCAAAGAGCAGCCAGUCACAUUGGAGUACAGAGGCAUUGUUGAACAACAGCUGAAAGAGAUGAAAAUGCUGAUCAUGUCCUUGGCCCAGAGGCUGGAGGAGAUUGACACCAGCCUUCAGGACUGAUGCGGGUGAUAAAUGUCAACUUGUCUAGGUGGGUGUUGUGUCCAGGUGUUGAACGGGACUCCUCGCCCCUGCCUUUAGAGUUAUUGCCUCCUCCGCUAAAUUUCAUCUCGACCACAUUCCUUCAGUAAUACAUUUGGUCCUGGCUUCACCUUGUGUGUAAAUACACACACACACACACACACACCACACCACACAGAGCUUCCACUCCGGUUUUUCCUGAUUAGCGACGGUGAAACAAAGACCGCCUGCACAUGUAAUCAAUCUUGUUGUCAGCUCUGCUCCUGUGGCGCGUGGCACAAUCUUCUCCGCCUGUUGUGGUGCAGAGUGAAUGUACACUGUGAGCAGAAUGUUUAUUUGUGUUGGAUUUCAUCAGGCAGGCUGCACACUCAGCACAAUGCUGUAUUGAUCUGGCCGCUCAAGGCCACACACACACACACACACACACACACACACACACACACACACACACACACACACACACACACACACACACACACUCUGUUCCUCUCUUCUUGAAAGCAAAGACCCCUUUAAGGAUGGCUUUUCAUCACCAUGUUAUGGCCACAAGUUACACACAUUACAUACAACAUUUGAUGAAUUUGCAUUGGGAAAAUACACACAUUUAAAUUUGGGCUGCAUCACAGAUAGGUUCAUCAUUUGCGUUCUUUAGUUUAGAUGUUAUCCAGACUAAACAUUUUUCCAACAUGUUCCAUAAUUAUUAUACAUUGACUCUUUAUAUGUUUGUUAUUGCUUGUGUAUUUUUGUAAAAGCUUAUUUUUUUGAAUAAUAAAGUAUUCAACUGUUUCCAAAACAA